CACCAAAACAAAGCGAAGAAGAAGCAGAUCGUAGAAGAAGAAGCGCCAGUAUCCGUAGCCGCGGCGGACCCGGACUUAAGCCAGAACUCUUUCCUGAGUUUGCCUCUGUCAGGGGAAUGCGGCCCCGGCCGGAGCAGCUCCCGCUUCUGUAACAGACCGUAUCAGGCUGGAGUCCUGGGAGGAGGUGCCAUGGGCCUGCGCAGUGGGGGGGCCUGGUCCCUGGUGGUCCUGGCCGCUGUGCUACUCUCUGCUGCUCUGCUCUACCUGUACGUGGGCUCGGCCCAGCGGAUGGACCAGAGGCUGCUUUAUCCCAAAGGGGGGUGUGAACCGGGACACUUCAGAUUACCAACACAGAGGAACUGCACCCCCUGGCUCCGGUGCUCACACAUCCACACAGAAGUCCGCCCGCUGAAGCUGAUUGGACAAGGAGCUGUGAAGAAGGUCUACCUGGCGGAGUGGAGACAUCAAAAAGUGGCUUUGGCUAAACUUUCCUCCCCGGACUUCCUGCAGGACUUCCUCCACGGCCUGUCCAUGCUGCGGGCCCUUCAGGGCCGGCACGUGGUGCAGCUGCUGGGCUUCUGCCUGGAGGAGCCCGCGCUGGUCACAGAGUACCACCCCCACGGCUCCCUGCUCAACCUGGACACGGUUUUAGCCAGGGAGCAGUAUGAGCAGCAGAACAAGUGGCCCAUGCGGCUGAGACUAGCCAUGGAUUACGUUAGCAUCCUCCAGUACCUCCACAGCAGCCCGGCGGGGGGGCGGGUCAUGUGUGACUCCAGCAGCCUGGACAAGACGCUGUCCCAGUUCCUCCUGAGCAGCCACUUCCACCUGGUGGUCAACGACCUGGACGCCCUGCCCCAGGUGGACCCGUCCAGAGGCCUCCUGGUCAAAUGUGGCCACCGGGAGCUGACGGGAGACUUCGUGGCCCCAGAACAGCUGUGGCCCUUCAGAAACACGGGGAGGCCCUUCUCAGACAGUCACAUGCCCCCCUACGACGAAAAGACCGACAUCUGGAAGAUCCCAGAUGUGACACGGUUCAUCAUGGGGACAGUACCUGGGGGGGAUUUAGUCCAUUUCCAUCUUUUCCAGAUCCAUAAGGAAUGUAAGAGGAAUGAUCCCAGGAGCCGGCCCUCAGCUCUGGACGUCCUGAGGGCGUACGCGGCAGUGUACAGCUCCAUGGUGCGGGACAGCUCUGGCAUUCGGGACAUGCUGUAGGAGGGGUUCAUGACUAAAAGCACCCUUUAAAGCAUGCAAGGUGCAGGUCUAGUGAGUUCUGAAUUCUAAAUAAAGCAAUGGUAUUUUCUUAUUAAAUUGUUGUGUAGAAAUGGUUGGUGACAUUUUUUGUGUUUCUUUUUAAACGGGUUUCAAAAUACAGCGAACAACUCUCUGUGCUGUGGAACAGUCUGAACGCUCCAUUUGAAUCUAGUUUAAGGACCUAAACAUUUGAACCAUUUGGUUUUUAGUGGAUAACAAAAAGCACUCAAACAUCCUGGAACUCAUCUUUAAAACCGAGGACAUAGAACAUAAAUUCACACCUGAUGUACAGUUAGCAAAGAGCUGACUGAAGCCUUUCCUUUGGAUUUGUAAUAAAGCCGGACUAAACUGCUGGCCGCUCUAAUUUGUGAAUGAAAGAAAAGCAGCACUUUGAGGCCUCCCCUGACCUCCUGAUGACCAACAGAACCCUCAAACCCCAGUCACCACCUCAACUACACAACUGUCUGCAGACCUCAUCCACACCGUCCAAAAGGUGUGGGAAACGCUCUCAGAGACUGAGACGUGCACUGUGAGUGUAUCCAGACUGUGUGAGUGUAUCCAGACUGUGUGAGUGUGU